AUGGCACAGCCCGAGCCCUCUCUCCCGGGCGCCGACCGCAUCCGCUCCCUCAAAGAUGAAGAGUCUAUAUUCCAAGCCUUCGACGCAUAUCCCUGGACAAAAGACACAAUGUUCCUCUCCGGUCUGUCCGCCAUCCUCGGCCCCCCAGACACACCCGGCUCCCCGUCAGACAUGGCCGUCCACGCCCGCAUCUUCUACUACGCCCAGCGCAUAGGCGUCCAAAUCGACUUUGCCCAAUACAAAGACUGGCUGUCCAGACACCCGGGCCACACACCGCCCCAAGUCCUACCGGAAGAAUACCGCUCCCCUUCCGCGCCCUCGCCCUCUGAACCUCCGCUCCCCUGGCAACAAGCCGCCCCCAAGGCCGAUCUCUACGUCGACCGUAAAGCCGCAGCUGAGAAUGCGACCGGCGACCAACCCAGCUACCCGAUGGGCUUUGCCGAGAUGCUCAAGCUGUUGCAGGAAGGGAAGCCCAUUCCCGGGAUAAAGCAGAUUCCCAAUACCGUUGUCAGGGAUCCGGUAAGUCUUGAGCCAAUUUUCGUAAAAUCACUUGUGCUCGCCUGGCAAGAAGCUCAGACUCAUCCUUCGUCACAGUCAGUCAAACCCGUUGGUUCUCGGGCAGCUCCCAAGAAGCCCUGGGAACGGGACAACCCUCAGAUGGCCCCGGAAGUGAAUCUUCCCAAAGCUCUCGACACCGAGUUUCCUCAACUAGACACCGAGACUGCUGAGGCAACAUCGGCAGCUGAUCCCGUAGCUUCAUAA